GGCGGCGGCGUCACGCCGGCCUUCGUGUUCCUGCAGCUGUACCACAACAUGAGCACCUACCCCAUCACGCCGCCGGUGCCCGGCGAGGCGCCGACGAUCUCCAACCCGCUGAACGAGCGGCCGCUGCGCGUGUCGGGCGCGCAGCACGAGCGCACCAUCAAGAACCUCGACCUCGUGCCGCCCGUCGAGACCUACAAGGUCGGAGUUUUAUACGUCGGCCCCGGACAACAUGACAACGAAGUAUUAAUAUUGAAGAAUGAAUAUGGCAGCGUAAGAUACGCGGAGUUCCUGUCUGCGCUGGGCACGCUGGUGUCGCUGGCGGCGGGCGAGGAGCAGCCGCACCUGUUCCUCAACCUCGAGAAGGGCGGCAAGGACGGCCACUACACCUACGUCUGGCACGACGACAUCAUGCAGGUGCUGUUCCACGUGGCGACGGCGAUGCCGACCCUGGCCAAGGACCCCAACUGCAACGAGAAGCGCAAGUACAUCGGCAACGACUACGUGUCCAUCGUCUACAACGACUCCGGACAGGAGUUCAACAUCUCCACCAUCAAGGUAACUUACAGCCACAGUAGUCAUAAAUCACAUAAUGGCAUCACCGGUGUUGAUUUUUCUACUGGAUGA